AUGUACUAUAUGGUCUAAGGGGUGACGUGACAUCCAAUAUUUCUCUCUGUUCUGUGGUGACAUCUAGGAUAAAGUCUGACAACAAACAACUAUAAUUAUUAUAAAUAAAUGUGUAACUGAUGUUUGUACAAAAAUGUUUGAAAUAGGAAAUUUAAUCGGUGCUUUAGACGAGGGCACCUCGAGUGCACGCUUUAUUCUCUUCAAAGCUGGCACGAGCGAAGUCGUGGUCUCUCAUCAGGAGGAAUUGCAAAAAGUGCAUCCCCGAGAGGGCUGGGUCGAACAAGAUCCCAUGGAAAUAUUGAAAGUGGUGCGCAGUUGCAUUGCCGAAACCGUUAAGAAGUUAAAGGCAUUGGGGGGCAGCGUCAAAAAUAUCAUCGCUAUUGGUAUAGCAAAUCAACGAGAAUCGACCAUCGUUUGGGAUACUGCAUCAGGACUGCCACUGUAUAAUUCGUUGGUAUGGCUCGAUAUGAGAACGACUUCGACGGUUGAUUACUUAUUGGAAACUGUGCCUAACAACACAAAGAAUAAGGAUUACCUUAAGCCAUUGUGCGGACUACCCUUAUCACCUUACUUUAGCGCACUGAAACUGAGAUGGCUGCACGACAACGUUCCAAGCAUCAAAAAAGCGAUGCAGGAACACACCUGUCUAUUCGGUACUGUCGAUUCGUGGAUCAUCUGGAACUUAACUGCCGGAAAAGUUCAUGCGACUGACGUAACCAAUGCCUCUCGUACGAUGCUCAUGAAUCUAGACACCUUAGAUUGGGAUCCAGUUUUGUUAAACUUUUUCGGUUUGCCUCGCCAUAUUUUACCGACCAUUAAGUCCUGCUCCGAAGUUUUCGGUUAUAUUGCGGACGGUCCUUUGGACGAAGUACCUAUUGCUGGAUGUUUAGGCGAUCAACAGGCGGCACUAGUCGGGCAGCAGUGUCUUAAUUGUGGAGAGGCCAAAUCGACAUAUGGCACGGGAUGCUUUCUGUUGUACAAUACGGGAAGCAAACGUGUCAGUAGCGCUCAUGGACUUCUAACAACGGUCGCUUACCAAACUGGUCCCAACACGCCGGUCACAUAUGCCUUGGAGGGCUCAGUAGCGGUCGCGGGAGCCGCUUUGUCCUGGUUGAAGGAUGGUAUGUCGGUGAUUUCAGAUGUCAACGAUGUUCAGUGUGUAGCUGAACAGGCCGAUUCCACAGGUGAAGGGAAUCUAUACUUUGUGCCCGCUUUUAGUGGUUUAUACGCACCAUAUUGGCAGAAGGAUGCACGGGGCGUAAUCGUCGGAAUAACGGAAGACACACAAAGCAGUCACAUUGUGAAGGCCACCUUGGAGGCGGUUUGUUUUCAAACUCGCGACAUACUAGAGGCAAUGAAUAAGGAUUACGGGACAAGUUUAAGGAAGCUGCGUGUCGACGGCGGAAUGACUUCGAAUACAUAUUUGAUGCAGUUGCAGGCGGAUUUAACCGGGAUAUGCGUCGUUAAGCCAGUUAUGGCGGAAAGUACGGCAUUAGGAGCCGCAAUGAUGGCCGGUGCUGCUAUUGGCGUAUGGGAUUUUAAACAGAACCUUGACAUGCCAGUGGAAGAGUGGAAGCCGAUUAUCGGCGAUGACAAACGUGACCUUAAGUAUAGCCAGUGGAAGAUGGCGGUCGAACGAGCAAUGGGAUGGGACGUCUGAUGAUUUAUAAAAUAAAGUUUACGCUAGAAACUUGUGUGUAAUUUCAAUGAGUCAGACAGGUGUGCCUAAUCCAAACACUGAUAAGCUAUCUCAUGAUAACGGCUACACUAAUUCAGUAAGUUUCAAGAUGGCGCAGUUUAAGGGUGUUUUCUACUUGGCGGUAAUUUUUGUUGUAAUAGCAUGUUUGAUGCAAGAGGUUGAUGGACGAAGAAAAAUUUUAAGAGGGCGGAAAACCAUCACGAGAAGAUAUUACAAAUCGGCAGCUAUACCUGCCUGGGCAAUUAUUCUUCUGGUUAGUGUUGGGGAAUUGGUG